AUGCAUAACGAUGUCUUCAACGCCAUUAAACCAAUUUACGAUGAACUCAGUUCAGAUGAUCUUUUAUCUCGCUGCUUGGGAGGAUUCACUCAAAAUGCAAAUGAAUCGUUCAAUUCCGUUGUGUGGUCGAUCGCUCCAAAAUCGAUUUCAAGCGGAAAAGACAUAGUCGACAUUGCUACAAAUAUUGCGGUUGUAACAUUCAACGAUGGAUUACGCAGUAUUAUGUACAUCAUGGAUGUGCUCGGCAUCGUUGGUCAACAAUGUUACGAAUUUUGUUCACAAUCCGACUCGCACCGCAUUCAACACGCCGAGCGCUCUAUAUCCGAUGCCGCCAAAACCAGCUGUCGCGCGGCAAAAUCAGCUAAAAAAAUAGCCGAGCUCAACGAAAUCGACGUAGAAGGCCAGCUAUAUGGUGCUGGGAUAGCAGAGUAA